UAUGCUCAUGUUAAGUUUAAGUUUAUUUUACGUUCGUGCUACCCGUCAGUUGUAUGGUUCCAAUAUUAUUUGUUUUAUUUCUCUUAAUAUACUUCUUAUUGUAUGCUGAACGAGUUUACACUAAAUAUGUAUGUUUUUGUCCAUAAAUUGUGUAUUUGAUAUUUGAUGUGAUAAAAAUACUGUAUAAGUAGACUACAUUGCUGGUUUGUUAAAGAGUAUAGUUUAUGGGAGGGAUACACGGUUGUUGUGGAGGCCCGCGCGGCUGAUUUAGACAGACAGGAGAGUGAGGGUUAUGAAAGUGAGACGUCAGUGGAUUACCUAUCAAUUAUCAAAGCACCAGUGACGUGUCCGGUUGUUGGGGAUUCCACGCCAUAGUAUUUUCAACACAACUGACGCUGGCAAUGUUGUUGGAACGCUACAAUAAAUGUUGCAACACAUUGCUCGCCUGUGGAUUGCCCUAACGCUACAUUCCAACAACAGCCACAACCAUGUCCAAGACGGACGACCUUGAGCGCCGACGGAGACUACGAGGGACAGCCCGUGGAAAGCUAACAAGGAAGUGUAACCUACUCUCUGAGCAAGUGAAGCAGGGUAAGCCAUCUAGCAUUAUUCAGGAAUAUUAUGAGGAAGUAAAGGACGCUUUUCGUGAACUCGAGAGACGACACGAGGGGGUGAUGGACGCAUUAUGUGAGAGUGAUCAAGAAGAGGAGGACUUUAAUGUUAAACUUAAGAAUGAAGAACAGUAUAUAGUUCAGGCAGAAUUGUUGAAGACAGGUGCUUAUGAGACUUUAUUACAGCUAUGUAAAAAAGAAAAGGAGGCAGCCUUAACAGAUAGCACAACUAAGGUUAAGGUGAAGCCAAUAGAACCUCCUAAAUUUGAAGGUGACAUACGCCAAUACCAGACAUUUCGCAGCAACUAUGAUAAAAUAAUGACUGCCAAUUAUGGGAAAAAUGCAUUUGCCUUAAAACAGUGCUUAUCAGGUGAAGCGCUAAGUGUAGUACAUGGAGUAGAUGAUGAUUACGAGGAAAUGUUCCGUCGUCUUGACCAAAGAUAUGCUGAUCCAGUUAGAUUGACAGAUACUGUUAUCAACCAACUGAAAGAUUUAAAGCCAAUUGCUGAAGGCAAUACUGGUAAAUUCGUAGAAACCGUGGAAGUCAUAGAAAAGUGCUGGACUGACAUGAGUAAAAAUAAUUUAGAAGUACAGAUGUCCACUGUAAUUGUGAUAAGCUUAAUUGAGAAAAUACUUCCACCCCAACAAAAAAGAGAGUGGACUAAGAUCUACCAAAAUUUGUCAAAUAAAGUAAAUGCUUUUCCUGAGUUGUUAGAGUAUCUGAAGGAAGAAAAGAAUGUCCUUGAUUAUAUAGACAAAGAUGUUCGUAACAGGUCACAUAAUUCCAAGACUACUGUUCAUAAUGUAGAGGUAAAAGAGGAUGACAGCCAAAUUAUGAGAACAUUGCAAAAGUUGCAACUUCAACAAGCAGAACAUCAGGCUAACAUGGAAAGUAUAAUGCAGAAGUUCACUCAAACACUAUCUAGUGGGGGUUCACAGGUUGGACGUCAUAGACAAAACUACGGAAACCCCAACUUUUGUUGGUAUCACAAUUCUGAUUCGCACACUAUCAGUCGCUGUAACACAUUUCAUAAUUUGGAACCCUCAACCAAGAUGGAGGUUUUACGGAAGAACCAUGUCUGUUUUCACUGUUUGGCAAUGGGACACAGUUCUAAGGAUUGUCAGGAAAAACGCAGUUGCUACAUGAAGUUAGGAAAUGGUAAUGUUUGUGGUAAGCCACAUCAUCCGAGACUUCACUAUUUGCUUUAUCAAAAUGAUAUUAAUAUUCACACCAACAAGUCAGAUGGUUGUACUUUGCUGAUGAUUGGUCAAGUUAACUGUAAAGAUGACUCAUUAGUAACUCUUUUUGAUCCCGGCAGUACAAGUAGCUUGGUGACUCACCGCAAAGCACGGGACUUAGGAUUAUGUGGCACACCAUAUAACAUCACUAUGACAACAGUUGGAAAUGUAAGUGAUACUGUACUCACUAAAAUGUAUAAAAUGCCUCUUGUAGAUGAGACAGGUAAACAAUAUUUAAUACAAUGUGUAGGAAUGGAUGAAAUCACUUCAGAAGUUAAUCCAGUCCCUAUGGACAUAAUUCUUCCUCAGUUAGGAGUUUCUCAGUCAAUGCAUAUCUUCCGUCCUCAUGGGAGAGUUGAUCUUUUGAUUGGUGCUGACAAUUGUAACAUCAUUCCUACAACUGUUAAAACUGUAGGGAAAUUGCAACUCAUGAAAGGCCCCUUCGGCUAUUGUGUCAGAGGAUCGCACCCAGAACUCAAAGAUGAAUAUACAGAGCACUAUGUGGCUCAAGUAAACCACAUGUCCUUAACAUCUAACACUUUUGAAAUUCAAGGGGAGAUCUGUAAAACUUUUAAGGAGGAUAUAGAUAAUUUGUUUACUAUGGAUCACCUAGGCACAAAUUGUAGACCCAAAUGUAACAAUUGCAUUAACUGUAAAGACUGCAAUAGAGAGACACACAUAACUGUAAAAGAAGAAGAAGAAAUGAAAUUGAUUCUCAGUGGACUUGAAUAUCAGGAGAAAGAGAAGACCUGGACUGUACAUUACCCUUGGAUUAAAGAUCCACAUUAUUUGCCGAAUAAUUUUGGGGUAGCACUAAUGAAACUGAAAGGUACUGAAAAGCGAUUGAAGAAGUUGGGCAGUAGGUCAACAGAAAAUUACAAGGUACAAAUUGAUGACAUGUUAAAGAGAGGUGUUGCUAGGAAACUAAAUAGGGAGGAGUUAAAUUGGCACAAAGGUCCAAUACACUAUUUGUCUCAUCAUGAGGUGUUGAAACAAAGUUCAGCUUCCACUCCUACUCGCAUCGUAUUUAAUGCUUCUGCCUCAUAUAAUGGUCAUGUGCUGAAUAAUUAUUGGGCUAAGGGUCCCAAUGUAAUGAACAGUCUUUUUGGUCUUUUACUUAGAUUCAGAGAAGGUUCCAUAGCAUUUGUUGGAGAUAUAGCCAAGAUGUUUAAUAGCAUCAGAUUAUCUGAAUUUGACAGUCACGUACACAGGUUUCUUUGGCGAGACUUUGAGGAUCGGGCCCCAGACCACUAUGCCCUCACAGCAGUUCCCUUUGGAGACAUUUGUAGUCCAGCUAUUGCUAUACUUGCUAUGAGACAAACAGCUGAGAAAUGCAAGGAGGAAUUCCCUGAAGCAGCCAACGUAAUUAUACAAGAUAGUUACAUGGAUGAUAUCAUACAUAGCAUGAAUGAUACAGAGAAGGCUAGUCAAAUCAUAAAGGAUGUUGAGCUUAUUCUGAACCGUGGAAACUUUCACAUGAAGGAGUGGAUCAUAAGUGGGAAGACCCAAGUUGGAAAUGAUGUAGACUUGUCAGGUAUACCAGGAGGAAAGGUUCUGGGAUUAGUAUGGAACCCUGUAGAAGAUGAAAUAAGUUUCAAGAUGAAAAUGAAAAGUACGUGUAAACAGACUUGCAGUGUUGAAGUUAAGAGUAAUUCUGAUGAACCACAAAAUCCACUAACUAAAAGAAAGGCUCUUAGUUACAUAGCAACAAUAUUUGAUCCAAUGGGGUUUGUUGCACCAGUGACUUUACGUGGUAAACUGUUGAUGAGACAAAUCAUUGAGUACAUUGAUGAGAAUGGACAGAAAUUAGACUGGGAUGAUCCUUUACCUGAGGAAAUUAUAGGGAAAUGGUACAAAUUCUGUCAUGAUAUGCAUGAAUUGGGAACUAUCAAAUUGCCUAGAUGCAUUUGUAAUGCUGAAUUAGUGGAACCAACCCUGAUACUGUUUAAUGAUGCGAGCACCCUAGCAUAUUCUGCGUGUGCUUAUGCACGUUGGCGUGUUGGGAAAGAUAAGUAUCAAUCAAAGCUACUUGCAGCCAAAAGCAGACUCGCACCAAUUAAGACACAGACUAUUCCCAGACUUGAGUUGUCCAGUGCAGUUCUUAGUGUUCGCCUCCGCAAUACAAUAAUGAAUGAAACUAACAUCAGAUUUGAUCAUGUUCACCACCUUACUGACUCUGAGAUUGUGCUUUCACAAAUAACAAAGCACAAUAUUAAGGCUGGAACUUAUGUUGCAAAUAGAAUUGUAGAAAUAAAAGAAAGCUCCUUGAGUAAUGAAUGGCACUGGAUCUCGACUGAAGUAAACAUAGCUGACCUAAUGACCCGUUCAAGUAAUUUUGUUGAUAUGGGUCCAACGUCAUGCUGGCAGUGUGGACCCACUUUCUUAGAAUUACCAAUUUCUCAAUGGCCCAUGAAGUCAAUCUCUCCAACACCAGAGAUGAAGUCCAUCAUUAACACAGCUGAAGUAAACAACUGGCAUAUUAAUAACUGCAAUAUGUUUGACAUUGACAGAUUUAAUUCAUACCGCAAAAUUAUAGGAGUCACUGCAAGAGUUUUGAAUGCCCUUCAUGCGCGUUCUUUCAAGGGAAUCCUGGCAUCACCAACAGUAGAUCAGCUUAAACAAGCAGAAAUAUUAUGGAUCAAAAGAGCCCAGAUUUCUUUAACAAAAAACUGGGAAACAAGGUUCAAGCGGUUAGGUCCAUUUUGUAAGGAUGGAAUAAUAUAUGUAGGAUCAAGAAUUGCUGCAUGGAUGAAGAAUAAUUACAACAAUGAAGCUUUCAUUCUACUUCCCACUAAACACAAACUCACAGAGGUGUGCAUUAAGGAUAUUCAUGAUAAAGAUCAUGGAGGGAUUGAAUCUACUCUAUGUAAGCUACAGGCUAAAUUUUGGAUUCCUCAAGCUAGAAAGUUAAUCAAAUCAGUUAAAUUUCGCUGUGUGACAUGCAGACGUUUAGAAAAACAAGUGAUUGGACAAAGCAUGGGACCAGUACCAGAAGAAAGGUUGAAACCUUCACCUCCCUUUUACCAUUCUGCUCUUGAUCUAUUUGGCCCAUUAAUGAUUAAGGAUACAGUCAAAGGAAGAUGUAAAAAAAAGGUGUAUGGCGUUGUAGUAAAUUGUCUCAGCACAAGAGCAGCAUAUGUUGACUUAGUAGAAGGGUAUGAUGCUGACAGUCUCAUCACUACUCUUCGUAGGUUUACAGCCAUCAGAGGCUUCCCUCACUCAAUGUAUUCAGACCAUGGUUCACAACUCAAAUUGGCAAGUAAAGAAGUUUGUUUCUUGACUCAAGACCAGGAAAAAUUAUCACAAUUUAGCCGAGAAGGUGGUAUGGAGUGGAAAUUUACAAAAUCUGCUGAUGCUCCAUGGGAGAAUGGGUGCUCAGAAGCUAUGGUAAAGUUGGUCAAGAGAGUUAUGACCAGAGUAAUAGGUGACAGUACAUUGACAUUUGGUGAAUUACAAUCAGCAAUGUUUGAGAUUGCAAAUAUGUUGAACGAGAGACCAAUAGGUAUGAAAAAUGGUUCAGACUGUACUAAGGGAUCUUAUCUUUGUCCAAAUGAUCUAAUACUAGGGCGAGCAAGUGUACACACACCAGAAGGUGUAUUUGACAGCAGUACAAACACAAGGACUCGCCAAAGGUUCAUCAAUACAAUUGUAAAAUCCUUCUGGAAGAAAUGGAUGAUGCAUUAUUUUUCAACAUUAAUUGUACAACAAAAAUGGCAUUGUGAGAAAAGAAAUCUCAGAGUGGGAGAUAUUGUUUUGGUACAGGACAGUAAUAAUUUGAAAGGACAUUGGAAACUUGCUGAAGUGUGUCAAGUUUUACCUAGUUCUGAUGGUAAGGUCAGAGAUGUACAAAUUAGAUAUAAGUUGCAAAGCGGAAAUAGCAUGUAUGAGGGUCAUCAAGAUAUAAAGGUUAACAGAUCUGUUCACAAACUUGUGUUGAUACUUCCAAUCGAAGAACAAUAAAUUUAUUUCUUUUUCUUGUGGUUGGGGAGUGUAACAUGAUUAUGCUCAUGUUAAGUUUAAGUUUAUUUUACGUUCGUGCUACCCGUCAGUUGUAUGGUUCCAAUAUUAUUUGUUUUAUUUCUCUUAAUAUACUUCUUAUUGUAUGCUGAACGAGUUUAC